AGGUCCACAUAGAUCGAGAUUCAAACUCGACGCGUCAAUGCUUUUGAAAAGUACAGCGCCUACAUGUCACGAGAUCAUCGCUAACCAGAACUAGUACAGCUUCCUCGAAGAUUUAUCAUUUUUAGCUUGCAGUAUUCGAUACUAUCGACUGUGUGGAUGUUGUUAUCGUUUUCCGGAUCGCUAGUAUCACAGGAUCAUAUUGUAGCCCAGUGCAGCAAAUUUUCGUCACGUUUUUUCGAUCCCAUUUGGACGAGCAAGCCUAUCGUCCCGAAGACAAUCAGCUUCGCACUCGUGUCAAAUGUCAGUCGAUGUAGGAACCUUCACAGAUUCUCGCUACCACUGAGACCAAGUAGGCAAGAACGAUUGUCAAAGCACAACAUCGACGCAAGUUGGUGGAUUCGACCACAACUCGUGUCUGCUGGGAGUUGCGAGGAACUUGCAUGCGCGAGAGGAACUACCCUAAGAACAAGUCCAGCUUUCUCCACCACGAUGCCUCCCCGCUCCACGAGUAAGAGUCGAAAUUCAUUGAGUCCAGCAAAGGAUGCCGAUGCGAACAAAUCAGUGCCGGGGACCACAGCCGCGCGGAAGCAGAGCCAGAAGCUGGAGAGCGGAAAGAAAACGCCGCUCUCCAUGAAAAAACAAGUUGCUGCGUCAUCAACGGCGAAAAAGAAAAAUGCGACGAAGAAAGUGAUGAAAAAGGCGGAGAAGAAACAAAAGGCACCUCCUUCCUCAUUCCAAGCCAAGGGACAAGAAAAAAGCGCGAAAAAAAAAGCGCAAAAGGAUAAGAAAAAACCUAAGAAAGCCGACGGGGACCUAGAUAAAAAUACUGCCUCCGGUGGGAAGAAGGUAAAAAAGGAGAAGUUUGCAGAUGCCUUGUACGGAAAGUAUGGGGAACCACGAACUGCUAUCCCAUGGCCGGUGCUCACGCGCAAAGUAGGGGGAAACUUCAAAUUGCUGUCUUGGAACGUUGCGGGACUACGUAUUCUCAUCAUUUUCUUUUUUUGUUUGUGUGAGUUAAUGCAUGGCUUAGUAAGUUUAAGUUAACGUUAACCAGUUUGGAGGCUAGCCGUCUUCUCACGAGUGAUAUAACGCUACCCAAAGAAAAAAGGAAACCUAGGCCGGCGGGCGGGCUUGUUUCGUUUGUGUCCGAUAAAAUGGCACAUCACCCCCGUCAUGAUGAUUUUCAAUGUUUAUGCUACUUAAUAAAAGUGAAGGUCUACACUUAUGGAUAGGUCCUUACUUUUGUUUUGUUCUUCUUGUUUCAGUGUCUUGGUGACACAUUGACUUCGACUUACGAAGCACAGCAAGCGCAAGUGUUUUGCUUUGCGUGACAGUACAGGCCAUGCACGCACCUCGAGACGGUUGCGGAACACCACAUAGACGCCUCUGCCGAGGAGCCUCCUCGACGCUCGGUCCUUUUCGUGCUCCACCAUGACGAAGGAUGAAUUCGUUAUAUUUAUAUAUUAGCUUCCGGCUAGAACUGUAUCUGUAUGUGGUGCACUUUUGGACACUUCUACUGAUCGCAAAAAUGGGAAUAUCACACAACAUUGGUGUGAAUUAUCUGGAUACGCAACCGUGUCAGUACACUGCAAUGUCAUCGUUGAUAAUGACUAAGGGGGGUAACAAAUACAAACCUCCAGAGAGAAGUUUUUACCGGCUCACUGUGACACUGUUUUGAGUUUCAUUUUAUUCUUCAGGUUCCUUUGUGAAAAGCCGGGGUGGGCAGUUGGUGGAGGUACUAAAACAAGAGGCCCCCGAUGGAGUCGCGCUGCUUGAGACGAAACUGCAGGAGGUGCACGAGGAAGACAUGACGUCCGAGCUCGCAGAGCUAGCACCCGGAUAUGCCGUUACUUGGAACAGUUGUACCGACCCCAACAAGAAGGGCUAUUCCGGUGUGGCCUUCCUGGCAAGGAAAAGCUCUCCACUGAGCGUUGUGCAGAUAUCGAAGGAGCGCGACACCUUCUUUCAGUCGGCACCGAAGACUAACGUGGAAGUUCCGGCUCAGGAUAUGAAAAUGAAACAAGUACUGGUAGCGGUACGCGCUCUGUGGUUUCACUGAAGAGCGUCCUCGUCAUCUAGUAAACUUACUUAUCUAUUCGAAACGAGGACAAAAAUGUGAUUCGAAGCACGAGGUUCCUCAGGUGAUGUGUCUCUCGAUAAAUAUGGUCGGUUUGAUAUUCACCGGAUUGCAUGUGCGUGAGCGUGUACUACAUCGUCCACAGACAAGCUACAGGAAGUCACGUGACAAAAAAACCGAGCCACGGGUUUGCGCCGUAAAAUGGAUGAAUAUGAAGAAAAGUUUGGUUUCUUGUAGAGGCACUAGCUACGUAGAAGUAGAAGUACACAGUAGAACUACAACAACUUGCUUCAAGAGGAGCGAAAAUGUAUGGAGUCGAACUUCGUAGUGCAUGCUGGAAAUAACAAAGACAAAGAGGCAGACCCCGUGAGCAAAAAAUCACCAACACCAGUCCUUCAUUUGCAUAUUGGAAGCCGAGGGUCGUUUGCUGAAGGUCGAGUACACAAGCUUUAUCCUACUGAUCGUUUACACGCCAAACAGUGGCAGUGAGUUGAAACGAUUGUCGUACCGCGAACACGUCUGGGACCCUUGCUUUCGAGAGCUGGUGAAGCAACAGAAGAAAUAUGAAUUGCAAAAGAAUCGCAUUCAGACACCACUGCGACUUCUAAUUUUUGAAUUUACCAUUUGACAGAUUUUUGAUGCAUGAACGAAUUUAUCAUUCGGUGCCUGAGCCUGAAGCAAGCGCAAGGUGGUUUUUAGUAAGUAGCUUUGCCUCUUUGCCCUAUAAUCGCGUACUCUCUGGCCGGCCCUAAGAAAUAAAAAGAGCAAAGGACGACCUACCCUUAGUUCUCCCCAUGACAUGCUGCUUGAAGUAUAGUAAGAAAGUCAGCCAUGCAGUUUGGAACUCAUAGAUACGGGUGGGGGUGCGAUACUGCUUUUACACGGUAUGAAGAACCCGUGCUGGCUAUUGGCGACUUUAACGUUGCCCACUUGGAUGAGGACAUUUGGAACCUGAACAUAUCAAAGGAUGUCGAAAAACAGGCAGGCCUGACCCCUCAGGAACGGGCGUCCUUCGGGAAAAUGUUGCAGGUACAAAGUCAAAGCUAAAAAUGUAUUUUCAUAUAGUUAUGACUAUUCGAACGAUGAAGAAGUAGCAUUUAUACCAGCAGUGAAAUUUAUACCAGCAGCUGAAUACUGAAAGUUCCCGGCCAGUACCAAAAGGUAAAAGCUGAUAUCGGUAUGAAUGAUAAAAACAUCGCCCUAUUCGUAUUCGCAACCUGUGUACAUGAUCCAGAAGGAAUACAUGCCACUUCAGGAGUGUUUCUCGUUUCAGUCGGCAUCCUCUUUCAGUUUCACCUAAACAUCAAAAAGAAACAUUUUGUCCGCCAGGAAUGUUCGCUCGUGGAUUGCUUCAAGCAAACUGUGGGUGCUUUUUCGGACUCCGGAGGAGAUUCAAGCAAGCUAGGACAUUUUUCGUACUGGGCGCAGCGCAUGAAGAACAAGCAAUACAAUAGAGGCUUGCGGCUGGACUAUUGCCUCGCGUCGAAGGCAAAACUUGCGGACAAGGUCGUUGAAAGCUUCAUGCUACCCAAGUACACCGCCCAAUUCGGUGACCACUGUCCUGUCGGCGUAUCGCUGCGGCUUUGA